AUGGUCCUGGACGCGCUCGCUCGAUUCGGUAGCAAGGCAGACCGCGUCCUCUUCUACCCGGAGUUUUGGGACACAAAAGUAGACAGCGCUCAGGACCGAGACAGUCAACUACUCAACUUAGCGCGCGAUGUAUACAAGGCAAAGCUUCAUCCUAUCAGGCUGCUUGAGGUAGCAGGCCGUACAGAAGGUGACUGGGUAUGGGACAAGACCGUCACGAAGCUCAUGGCCUUUGGCCUAGAGUACUACGACCGCGUAAUCGCUUUGGAGUCGCAGAUCACGCUCCUCGACGCUCUCGAUGAGCUCUUCCUCCUCCCUCAGACGCCGAUAGCGAUGGCACGGGCAUACUGGACGGAUAGCAAACCGUGGCCAUUGUCGACGACGCUCAUGGUAGUCAAGCCUAGCCUCGACGAGCUUGCGAAGUUCAAGAACCGCAUGGAAGGGGGUGGUGAUAGCAUGUUGGUCGAAAUGCACAGAUAUGACAUGGAGAUCCUCAACGAACGCUUUGAGGAGAGCGCGCUAGUACUUCCACAUCGACCUUACGCCCUUCGUACGGCAGAGUUCAGGCGCCACAAUCAUUCCGAGUAUCUGGGCAGCGCUGAUGAGCCAUGGGACGCUGAGAAGGUCUACAAGGAGGGGAAGAUCAUCCAGUUCAGCGACCUGCCGCUGCCUCCCCCAUCAGUCAUGUGGUCAGAACAGGCGUUAGAGGAGAUGCAGCCCGAUUGUGGGGGCAGCCCCGAGGGAACCUGCGCUGAGAGACGGAUAUGGAAGGGCUUAUAUGAGGAUUUCAGAAAGAGGCGGAAGGACGUUUGCAAGUUGCUCAGUGUGGCAGCACCGGACUGGACUAAGAUCAAAAGCGAGCUUCAUCACGAGGUUGUGACUGGGUCUGGUAGUGUUGCGCCGGUAGGUGAGGCUGCGUCUGCGCCUGCGUCUGGUUCUGGUUCUACUCCUGCUCCUGGUGCACCUUCACAUGAGAAAUAG